CGCCACGUGCUCGCUGAAGGGCGGUGCUGGGGGCCGAGCCGAGAAGAUGUUCUUGCUGCCUCUUCCGGCCGUGGGGCGAGUCGCCAUCCGACGUCUGGGGGUGAACCGUUUCUGGAGCCGAGGUUUCGGCACCGCAGACAUGACGAAGGGACUUGUUUUAGGAAUCUACAGCAGAGAAAAAGAAAAUGAUGUGCCACAGUUUACAAGUGCAGGAGAGAAUUUUGAUAAACUGGUGUCUGGGAAGCUGAGAGAAAUUCUGAACAUAUCUGGACCUCCGCUGAAAGCAGGCAAAACCCGAACUUUUUAUGGUCUGCAUGAGGACUUCUCCAGUGUGGUGGUGGUUGGCCUCGGCAAAAAGGGCGCUGGUGUGGAUGACCAGGAGAACUGGCACGAAGGCAAAGAAAACAUCAGAGUGGCGGUUGCAGCGGGGUGCAGGCAGGUUCAAGACCUGGAGAUCUCUUCCGUGGAGGUGGAUCCCUGCGGUGAUGCCCAGGCGGCUGCGGAAGGAGCAGUGCUCGGUCUCUAUGAGUACGAUAACCUGAAGCAGAAGAAGAAGGUGGCCAUAUCGGCGAAGCUGCAUGGAAGCGGUGACCUGGAGGCCUGGCAGAGAGGGGUCCUCUUUGCUUCCGGGCAGAACCUGGCACGCCAGUUGAUGGAGUCUCCUGCCAAUGAGAUGACACCAACCAAAUUUGCCGAAAUCAUCGAGAAGAAUCUCAAAAGUGCUAGUAGUAAGACAGAAGUCCACAUCAGACCCAAGUCUUGGAUUGAGGAACAGGAAAUGGGAUCAUUCCUAAGUGUGGCCAAAGGGUCCGAUGAGCCUCCAGUCUUCCUGGAAAUUCACUACAGAGGCAGCCCCAAUGCAAGUGACGCGCCUCUGGUGUUUGUUGGGAAGGGAAUUACCUUCGAUAGUGGUGGCAUCUCCAUCAAGCCUUCUGCCAAUAUGGACCUCAUGAGGGCUGACAUGGGAGGAGCUGCCACCAUCUGCUCAGCCAUCGUGUCCGCUGCCAAGCUCAGUCUGCCCAUUAACCUCAUUGGUGAGUGG